AUGGGUGAGGAUGGGAGGUUACGGGUUCUUGGACAAGACUUUUUAUUUUACAAAAUCAAUAAAGUCAUUGUUAUAAAAUUGAUGGUUCCUUUGAUAAUUUGUCUUUUUGCUUCACUGCUGGCCACACCUGUGGUCUUGAUUGCCAUCUUUUCAAACAACAGCCUUCGUCAGGAGACCAGGUACCUGCUACUUGCCAACACUUUGGUUAAUGAUCUGAUUUAUUCAGUACUGAACACCUUCAUCGACAUCCUUAAUGCUACAGGUGUAGGGAUGCCUAAAGUUGUUUGCGAAACACUAUUGUAUGUGCUAACGGUGGCUUAUUGUAAUGGCAUUCUGACAGUCACUGCUAUGGUGGUGGACACUUAUGUCGCUGUUAGUUGGCCCCUCCAUUAUCACUCACUUUUACCACAAUCCAGGGCCCUGAAAAUCAUCAUCUGUAUAUGGAUUAUUUCUGCCGCAUCUCCAUCCAUCAUUUAUAUAAUGACACUAGGAACUCAACAGAAUCCAUUAUCCAUGUUAUCAAUUUGUAUUUUACCUUUAAUAUUCAUGUUCUCUUUCCUCCGAUUACCUUUGUUAAAAAUUUAUUACAGUUUAACAGUAAUUUACUUUAUAAUAUGUUUCGUACUGAUCUCGAGUAGCUAUGUCAUGUUAUACUGUAAAACUAAAACAUCAGGAAUAUGGACUGGCAAUUCCAGGGCAAGGCAGACCUAUCUUAUUCAUUCAAUGCUGCUAUUCUUUUAUUUUGUUCCCUUGCUUGUGCUGGUGGCAGGGGGUGCACUCCAAGAACUGGACCUGAUUUCCUAUGUCACAGGACUCUGGAUCAAUAUGUCAAUGGCAAAUAUGCUUAUGAUGUUACCCAAAGCAGUUUCCCCAUAUGUUUAUGCACUGAGGUACCGAGAAGUGACAAAGACAAUCCAAUCUUUAUCGCUGCUGAGGCACAUUAGGCGUGUAAAUCCCACUGUUUCAGGCGUGUAA